AUGUCAUCACAUCCGGCGGAGCAACCGGCCAAGAAACAGACGAAAUGGUCGCCUGAAGAAGACUCUCUAAUCAUAGAGCUUCGUGGAAGUGGCAUGAAGUGGGAGGACAUAUCGAAAAGAUUGACUGGACGAAGCGCCAUAAGCUGUCGACUUCACUACCAGAACUAUCUGGAGAGACGUAGCGAGUGGGAUGAAGAGCGCAAGACAAAACUGGCUAGAUUAUACGACAGACUGAAACCUGAGAUGUGGGCGAAAGUUGCAGAAGAGAUGGCUGUACCAUGGCGAGCAGUGGAAGCAAUGCAUUGGAAGAUGGGAGAAGACGAAAUGGCCCGCAGGGCAGGUGUCUCGCCAUUCAUCCUGAACGCAUCUGCAACAGACGAAUAUCAUACAGGAAGCCACAGACACCCUCACAGAAGCCAUGCACAUUCUCGGUCGCAGGGCAGCAUAUUUCGAGACGCAAUCGACCCAACACGACCUUACGGCCGAAACGUCGUACCGUCCCUGCCGCCCAGUCCGGCCCCAGGCCGGAUUCCUGGUCCUGUUGUGCCGCGCAAUGCAGAACUAUUAACGGUAGUAGCUCCUUACAUACCCAUCCCCCUCGACCACAACGAGCAAAUGAAUGCAUAUUCACAUUCCGGAGGGGGUCCACUGGCACCGAUCCAAACCAGCCAGGGUCAGUCGAGGCCAGGAAUGCUUCCUGGUCUGGCUGAAUUGACAACUGGUGUCAGCCCCUACAGUACUCCUGCAUAUUCCAUCGGCGUUCCCACACUCAGCCCAGCCCAAAGCUCUACAGCAAGUCCUGGCCCCUUCAUGCCGGCCAUGACCUACUCCUCACUCGAUCCAGCUGGCUCAAAACGUCGAAGGAGCCCUUCUCUUGGUCCUCAUGACUCGAAUAGGAGAAGGCAUCUAAACACAACACUGGAGACAUCGAUACCGAGACACAUGCCUUGA